AUGCAUGCCGCCGUCUCGUCUCUGCUGGUCGGCGUCGCUGCCGUCAGCUGUGUCUCGGCGUCGCCUUGUCCAGGCCACCGCAACCCCAUCGUCAUCAGACGUAUCGACCUGGGACCAAGACCAUACUAUCUGGUCAACAACAUGACUGAGGGCCCGCUCAAGUCCAGGCUCAUGUCCUGCCAAGAGCUGACCAUGAGGCCGUCCAUGUUCUCAAUCGGCCACCGGGGCGGUGCUUGCCUGCAACUCCCCGAACAUUCCAAAGAGUCCAACAUGGCCGGGGCGCGCAUGGGCGCCGGUGUGCUCGAAUGCGACGUCACCUUCACCCGGGAUCGCCAACUCGUCUGCCGCCACAGCCAGUGCGACUUGCACACGACGACCAACGUGGUAAGCAUCCCUAGCCUGAACGCCAAGUGCGCAAAGCCCUUCGCCCCGGCAAGCGACGGCAAGCCAGCCUCGGCGCGAUGCUGCACCAGCGACCUCACGCUCGCCGAGUACAAGUCUCUCUGCGCCAAGAUGGACGGGUUCAACGCGAGCGCCACGACCCCCGGGGACUUUCUCGGCGGCACCCCCAGCUGGCGCACCGACUUGUACUCGACGUGCGGAAAGCUCCUCGACCUGGAGGAGCACAUCGCCAUGGUCGAAUCGCUGGGCCUUCACCACACGCCCGAGCUCAAGGCUCCCGAGGUGCCCAUGCCCUUUGCGGGCAACUACACCCACGACAUGUUUGCCCAGCAAAUGAUUGACGCGUACAAGGGGGCCGGCGUCCCGGCGUCGAGAGUCAUGGCUCAGAGCUUCGAACCCGCGUCCGUACGCUACUGGCUCGAGAAGGAGCCGGAAUACGGCGCCCACGCCAUCCUCCUUGACCAGUCGGGCAACGGGCCGGGCCGGAUGGCCGAGGCCGUCGAGAACCUGACGCGCUAUGCCAGGGAGGGCAUCCGGACGAUGGCUCCCCCGAUGCACUACCUGGUGGAGGUUGACCGGGGCAGGAUGGUGCCGAGUGCGUAUGCGAAGAGGGCCAAGGAGCUGGGGCUCCGGCUCAUCACCUGGAGCUUGGAGCGAUCCGGUCCGCUCGCGGCGGUCCAUGCCAAGGGCGACUACUACUACGGCGGCGUGGAGGGGCUGGUCAGCAAGGACGGCGACAUGUACGAGUAUGUCGACGCGCUGGCGAGGCAGGUGGGUGCGGCGGGCAUGUUUUCCGACUGGAGCGGCACGGUGACGUUUUACGCGAACUGUUUCGGGCUGCAGCUGGUGUAG